AUGGGGCUAAUGCCGCAAAGCUGCGACAACUUCCUGAAGCUUUGCAUCUUCAAGCGCAAAAGGCGUCCGUGCCGUGAACUGUUCCGCCCCAUCCUUACCAAGCAGGGGCUGUGUUGCGGAUUCAACAGCGUCUACUCAUUCAAAGACAAAAGACGGCAUGUAUUUUCGCACUGUUUCUUAUACUUGUAUCAUAUUUCCAAGGUACCUGCCUACCAGGACUUCCAGAAAGCUCUUCAUCUUCUAGUAACUAGAGUUAGACGGAACGAGAGGGAUCUACAGUUCAAACCGCACAUGGCGACCACACUGGGCAUCCACGACGGGCUGAAAGUAGUGGUGGACUACGAUCCUGAAGACGCCUUGCCGAGGACCUUGUUCCACGUGGGAGCUAUCAGGGUAAUGUUCACAGACUGGACUGAGUUCCCUGCUGACGAUGAGACUAACCUGGUAUAUCCUCACGUCGAGGCAUUCCUUACCAUCCAUGGCACCUACACCUACUGCUCGGAAGAAGUCGCCAGCCUUGCUUCCUGGAGUCGAGAAUGCCUGUUCGACGACGAGCGGCGUCUGCACAUGUUCUGGAAGUACCGCAACUCGGACUGCGACCACUUGUGCUACAUCCAGGCGAUCGAGAAGCACUGCCACUGCCAGCCGGUGUACGUGCCCUACGUGGGCGUGCAGCGGUCCUGCGACGUCACGAAGAUACGCUGCAUCAGCAAGGUCCCAGACCUAUUGAACAACGACAGCAUGGAUUGCGACUGUCCUCGAGACUGCGUGUCCAGGGUGUACAACGUGGACCUCACUCUUGGCAACCUCAGAGCGCUGCCCCACAUGGUUUUUAACCCUUAUUCCGGUGUCGAGUUCAAGGAAAGCACGACCAUCAUGCAUUUCUUUUUUCCCACCUCCGUGUAUGUGAAGAAGAAACAGGAGACUGUUAUGUCGCUAAUUAGUUUGGUUUCGAACCUCGGCGGUAUAUUCGGCCUCUGCAUGGGUGUGAGCGCGGUGAGCGUGAUGGAGGUGUUGUUCUACACGCGGAAAGCCGCGGAGAACUGCCUCCGCAAGCGGCUGCGGCGAGCGGUCGAGAAUCAGAUGCGGCAGUACAGGACCAGGGAGUUUUGAACGUUAACAAUACUUAGGAAUUUCACUCUGUACUUUACAUAGGUACUACUACCAUGGUACUACGUUAGAAACCGGUCGUAAUUUAUAGCCGCCCGCUUGUAUGGCGAAGAACCCGCCAAGCGGCAUCUGAGCAAAGUUCACGAGUGCCCAACAGGUUGUUGGUAGCUAAAGUGUUAAAUAUUAAGAAUACUUACUUUGAACUUUCGAUGCCGUAUUUCACAUAGGUACAACAGUCUUAUUAUGUAUAUCUUUAGUUAGAUAUUAGGUAUUUAUUUCGCA